AGUGGUUCGUUCUGGCAACAGCGUCACUUAAACAUCUCCAACAUGAUUCGCGCCGUUUUCGCUACCAUCCUUCUCGCAGCGGCGGUCGUUGAGGCCCAGUAUGGCUACGCAAAGCCGUGCCCUCCUGAGGUCAGAUACGUGACCAAGACGCAGUCGGUGCCCCAGUAUGUCACUGUGACCCGAUACCAAACUCAGACACGGUACCAAACUGCGUACACCACCCAGUACGUGACAGAGACCCAGGCCGUGCCCCAGUAUGUGACACAGACAAAGGCAGUGCCCCACUACGUGACCGAGACAGUGCCACAGUACGUCACCACAACCGUCCAGCAGCAGGAGUACGUCACUGUCGACCAGUACUGCAAGCCCUCCGGAGGUUAUGGCUACAGCGGCUGAAAUGCAGAUCAGCAUCCUUAUCUAACAUGAAAAAAACUUGUAUAAUUCAUAAUAAAAU